AUGGUAACCUAUACCCCCCCAGCAGAGGCGCAAGACCUACCCACCAAGCUUAAGGUCCUGUACUUCAGCAACGAGUUUCCCACAGAUGACCUUUCGACCCUUCUGCGCCGGUUACACAGUCAUAGCAAGCACAGCAGUCAUCCCAUCUUGGCUCGGUUCUUGAGCGAAGCCACGAGGGUGCUGCGAAAUGAGGUCAGCCAGCUACGCGUGGAACUGGGGCAGCUGGUUCCUGCUUUCGAGUCCGUGACGACUUUGGCGGGUGAGACAAAGCUACGCAAGGGACCGCUUGCUCAAUCUAUUGAUGGAGUGUUGCUCUGUGUGCUGCAGCUGGGGAUAUACAUUGGGCACUGCGAACUCUAUCCAGAGGACCGGGCAACAGAGACCAACAGCUUACUGACUGGCUUGGGAGUGGGUAUACUGGUCUCGACAGCCGUUUCAGUCUCCACAUCCCUGGACGAUGCAGUCACGGCUGGUGUGGAAGUCCUGCGCAUUGCCUUUCGCCUUGGCGUGUUCGUGGCCGACGUCUCGCAUAACCUAGAGGCCGUUGAUGCGGAGUCCGCCGAGUCAUGGGCAUACGUUGUCCAUGGAAUGACUGUCGACGAAGCUCAGACAGAGCUGGAUGACAUCCAAGCCAAGGAGCGGACCCCAUCAGCCAGCAAGAUCUUUGUCAGUGCGAUCAGCGAAACCUCGGUCACUGUGAGCGGACCCCCAGCUCGGCUCAAGGCGCUCUUCCGCAAUUACGCCUCGUUUCGUGAUCGCAAAUUUGCGCACCUCCCGGUCCAUGGAGGGCUAUGCCAUGCAGCGCAUCUCUACACGCGUGAAGACGCACAGGCAGUCGUCCGAUCGCCCUCGCUACCGGCGCGAUAUAAGCCCGUCGUGCCCGUCAUGUCCACCAGCUCCGGCCAGCCGUUUCUGGCCUCCAGUGCUGCAGAGCUGUUUGAGCAGGUGAUUUUCGAAGUUCUAACCAAGCAAAUCGUGUGGGACAAUGUUAUCCGUGGUGUUGCAGAGCGGGUCGCUAAGACCGACGUCCACGACGUCAACAUCAAGGUCUUCCGUCACUCUCUUCCAGCCCAGCAGCUGUCGAGUGCGUUGACGUCCGCCAUAACGGAUCUCCCUGUCGAUACCGACGACCUUCUGGCGUGGGUUGGAUCCGAUGUCGACCACGGACAGUACUCGCCCGGAAGCUCCAUGCAGUCGAAGAUUGCGAUCGUCGGCAUGUCCUGUCGCAUGCCAGGUGGCGCCACGGAUACCGAGAAGUUCUGGGAUCUCCUUGAAGCUGGACUGGACGUACACCGGAGGAUACCCGCCGAUCGCUUCGAUGUGGACUCGCAUCACGAUCCUACUGGUAAGAGGAUGAAUACCAGCCACACCGCGUACGGGUGCUUCAUCGACGAGCCGGGCCUCUUCGACGCACCGUUCUUCAACAUGUCGCCCCGUGAAGCUGAACAGACCGACCCCAUGCAGCGCUUGGCCAUUGUCACGGCGUAUGAAGCCCUAGAGCGAGCCGGGUAUGUGGCGAAUCGCACGCCGGCGACAAAUCUCAACCGCAUCGGCACCUGGUACGGCCAGGCCAGUGACGACUAUCGGGAGGUCAACACGGGUCAAGAGAUCAGCACCUACUUCAUCCCCGGUGGGUGUCGCGCCUUUGGUCCCGGGCGCAUCAAUUACUUCUUCAAGUUCGCGGGGCCCAGUUUCAACUGCGACACGGCCUGCUCCUCGAGUCUGGCCACCAUCCAGGCGGCCUGCACUGCGCUCUGGGCAGGCGAUGUCGACACUGUCGUCGCAGGGGGUCUGAAUGUGCUCACCAACUCGGAUGCGUUCGCCGGGCUCUGUAACGGUCACUUCCUCACCAAGACGCCCAACGCCUGCAAGACUUGGGACUGCACGGCUGAUGGGUACUGUCGCGCCGAUGGUGUCGGCUCGAUUGUCAUGAAGCGGCUGGACGAUGCAUUGGCGGACAACGACAACAUCCUCGGCGUGAUUCCAGCGGCGGCGACCAACCACUCUGCCAAUGCGGUUUCCAUCACACAUCCUCACGCCGGCCACCAGUCCGAUCUGUAUCGGCAAGUCAUGGCGCGGGCUGGCAUCGACCCGCUUGACGUCAGCUACGUGGAGUUCCACGGCACGGGAACUCAGGCAGGUGAUGCCGAAGAGAUGGAGUCCAUCACCAACGUGUUUGCCCCGAUCAAGGGCAAAAGGCGAACCGCCAAACAGCCGCUUCAUAUCGGUGCGGUCAAGGCAAAUGUUGGCCAUGGAGAGGCUGCUGCGGGUGUCACGGCGCUUAUCAAGGUCCUGCUGAUGCUGCAAAAAGGUGCAAUCCCGCCUCAUGUCGGCAUCAAAACUGACAUCAACCCGGGCUUUCCUAAAGAUAUGGACCGGCGCAACCUGCAUAUUCCCUUCGAGACCACCGCAUGGUCUAGGACGUCCGAGAAGAAGCGCAUUGCGGUGGUCAACAACUUCAGUGCAGCCGGUGGUAAUACUACGCUUGUGCUGGAGGAAGGUCCAGUGCGAAACAGACUUGGAUCCGAUCCGCGACCCAGUCAUGUCUUCACCGUCUCUGCAAAAAGUAAAAUCUCUCUCAAGGGCAAUCUCCAGCGACUGAUUGCCUACCUUGAGAAAAAUGAAGAUGUGAGUAUGGCCGACCUGGCGUACUCGCUUACAGCCAGACGGUAUCACCACAACCAUCGUGUCGCUGUUACCGCGACAGACGUGAGCAGCCUGAAGCAACAGCUUAUUUCCAAGCUGGACGGGGUCGACUCCAUGAAGCCAAUUCCCACAACCGGAGCACCGCCCGUGGCGUUUGUCUUCACCGGGCAAGGCGCCGCCGACAAGUCGAUGAACCUGCAGCUGUACCACCACUCCCCAUUCUUCCGGUCCCAGCUCGAAAGCCUUGACCGUCUGGGUCAACAGCACGGCUUUCCCUCGUUCCUUCCAGCCGUCGAUGGCAGUUAUCCCAAAGACCACGCCUGGUCGCCCGUCAUCACCCAAGUGGCUCACACCAGCGUGGAGAUUGCCUUGGCCAAAUACUGGGAGACCCUGGGUAUCAAACCCGAAGUCGUCGCCGGACAUAGUCUGGGCGAGUACGCGGCCUUCGUCAUCGCCGGUGUCCUCUCCGCAAGCGACGCCAUUUUCCUGGUUGGGUCGCGUGCUCAGAUGCUGGAGUCCUUGUGUACUGCCGGCACGCACAAGAUGAUGGCCGUCAAGGCGUCGCGACGCGAGAUUGAGGAUGCGGUCAAGGACCUUCCGUAUGACCUCGCAUGCGUGAAUGGGCCCAAGGAGACGGUUCUGUCAGGGACCACCGAGCAGAUGGAAGCCGUUUCGGUCCCUCUCAAAGACCAAGGCUACAGGGUCAUCUUCCUCGAUGUCCCAUUUGCUUUCCACUCCGCCCAGACCGACCCCAUCCUGGACCUGUUUGAGGAGACCGCUAGCAAGAGCGUCAUCUUCCGCCCACCCACGCUGCCCAUCGUCUCCCCCUUGCUGGGUAAAGUUGUCUUUGAUGAAAAGUCUCUCAAUGCCGAGUACUUGCGCCGAGCGACGCGCGGAACAGUUGAUUUCUUGUCGGCCAUGCAGAACGCGCAGGAGACCUCGAUCGUCGACAAGGACACCGUCUGGGUUGAGGUCGGGCCGCACCCGGUCUGUGUGGCAUUCAUCAAAGCCAGCUUCGACCCUGCUCCGGUAACAGUGGGCUCUUUCCGUCGUGGGGAGGACAACUGGACCACUCUCGCAGCGAGUCUGGGGCAGCUUCACACCGCGGGGCUGCAGGUGCGCUGGGAUGAGUUCCACCGGCCUUUUGAGGCGGCGCUGCGUCUUCUAGAUCUGCCCACCUAUAACUGGAACGAGAAAAACUACUGGAUUCAGUAUAGAGGCGAUUGGGCGCUCACCAAGGGCAAUACCUUUUACGAUGCGGAGAAGGGUAUCAAUCGACAGGCCGCGGCUGCCCCGGUCUCUAGUCUCAGCACCACCACUGUGCAGCAGAUCAUCGAGGAGAACUUCUCUGGAUCGUCCGGCAAGGUCGUCAUGCAGUCUGACCUGAUGCAGCCUGAUCUCCUUGCCGCGGCGCACGGACACAAGAUGAACAACUGCGGUGUCGUUACGUCCUCCAUCCAUGGGGACAUCGUAUACACCCUCGGUGAAUACCUCUACAAGAAGCUCAUCCCCACGGCCAAGACCGUGCAUGUCAACAUCACUGACCUGAAGGUAACCAAGGGGCUCGUAGCCCAAAGCAACACCAAGGUGCCGCAGUACUUCCGCGUCACCGCGACAACAGCCGACAUCCACGCCGGUGCCGCCGACUUCGUCUGGGCGAACGUCGCCAACGACGGCACCGUCUCGGAACCCUUUGCAACCUGCCGCGUCGUGUACGGCGAUGCGGAUGACUGGCUCUCAUCAUGGAGCCCGCUCGCGCACCUGGUGCAGGGCCGCAUCGAGACCCUGGAGCGUCUCGCCGCGGAGGGGAUCGCCAACCGCUUCUCGCACAAGAUGGCGUACACCCUCUUCGGCAGCAACCUGGUCGAGUACGCCGACAAGUACCGGGGCAUGCAAGCGGUCGUGAUGCACGAGUUCGAGGCGUUCGCCGACGUCACCCUCAAGCACGUCUCCGGCGGCGGGAGCUACACCGUGCCUCCGUACUUCAUCGACAGCGUGGCGCAUCUGGCCGGGUUCAUCAUGAACGUCUCCGACGCCAGCGACACGGCCAACACCUUCUGCGUGACCCCGGGAUGGGACAGUAUGCGCUUCGCGCGGCCCUUGGUCCCCGGCCAGCGGUACCGGUCCUAUGUCAAGAUGAUCCCCACCGCCGACGAUCCCUCCGUCUAUCUGGGGGAUGUGUAUGUCUUCCAGGACAAUGUGAUCGUCGGGAUGGUGGGCGGCAUCCAGUUCCGUCGCUACCCCCGCAUCCUCAUGAACCGGUUCUUCGCCGCGCCGGACUCGUCCAUUGCCAAGUCCUAUGCUGCGGCUGGGGGUGCCGGUCCUGCCGUGUCUGCCCCGGCGCCUGCUGCUCCUGUCUCGCAGCCCACGCCCGCGGUGGUAGACGCUGCCCCCCCGGUCAAUCCGUCAGCACCGACCCCUGCCUCUACACCAGCACCGGCGGCCGCUGCUGCUGCCCCGGCUGUCGACUCCGACAGCACAUCCGGCAAGGCGCUGGCUUUGAUUGCCACCGAAGCCGGUCUCGACCCAUCCGAUCUCACCGACGACGCAGCAUUUGCCAAUCUGGGUGUGGACAGCCUGAUGAGUCUGGUGAUCGCCGAGAAGUUCCGCGAGGAACUGGGGAUUGUGGUGGCCGGGAGUCUGUUCUUGGAGUAUCCUACCAUUGGAGCUCUGCGGUCGUGGUUGGAGGAGUAUUAUAGUUAG